UGCUGGUUUCGCAAAAUAAAAACGCGACUUCUAUCUAAACGCGCACUUCCAUCACUGGAGUCAAACCAAAUGGAUGCAAAGGACAGGAAAGCAAUUAUCGAGGCCAUACUUAACAAUGAGUCUGAUAAUUACCUUUAUGAGUACCUGACGCAGCGAGAAAAGCAAGCCUCUUUUUCAGAAGAUCGCCAUCUUGAACACGAUGGUUACUUGGCCAGUCUACAGAAAAUUAUGGACGGCGACACUGAUACAAAGUUCAUUAUAGAUAAGUUCAAGGUCAGAUUUUUUUUAGGCUUAUACUUAAGGCGUUUCCAAUCUUCACCAAGCAAGAGCAGCUUAUGGUUGCUUUGUGAUGAGCUUCCGGUUCGGUGGAAGAUUGGAUUGGGCUUAGCUAAGCAAGAGCAGCUUAUGGCAGAGAAAAAGUCAACAGCUGUUUCUGACUUUUGGAAGAGAAUUAAUGAAAAGCAAAAACAGAGGGAAGAAGAAAAAGCUGCAGUGCGGGCAGCUUCGUUAGGGCACCUUAACAUUUUCGGUCAGGCAGUACGUACCAGUACUGAACUCUCCACAUACAAGCCCCAAAUACACAUAAAUUUAGUUACACAAGACAAUGCCAAAAAAACGGGCAAGGCAAUUCGAAAAC